AAUGGUGGGACUACGCAGUAGCAGUGACACAGUGGCAGUGGCGUCGUGAGGUGCCAUUGGAGAGAGCGUCGUUAUUCGAGUGAGGAAAAAUGAUAGAUUUUUCUUUUCUUUCCAAUAUAACUCGGUGUCUUGAUCUCAAUGUCUACGUGAUUUGAGCUUUACAAGUUUUUGAGCUGCCAACGAUAAUAUUGAGUGUCAUAGCAGUGAAUUAACUGCUGAUUGUGAGCUGCGAGGGGCUCAGCCAUUACACAAAGGUGGAUUCCUUGGGAUUAAAACCCAUCAACGGUGCGAAAAUGGUGCAUCUUUGAUUUUUACCUAAUUUUAGGGACGAAAAAAUCAACAACAUACGAACAUGGCGACUGCUGAAGUCGAGGAUUUCCUGACGGGGCCUCUUGUUACUUGGUUCGUCAGUUGUUUGGAGGACCCAGACGGUUUAUCGAGCUACCAUGACUUAGUGGAUGGUGUGCUUAUCCACAAUGUCUUCCUUCAGAUUGACCCAGAGCCUCUAAACGAUGAAGUUAUCUCCAGCUGUGGUAACACCCCAAUUCGUGUAAAAAAUCUCGAGAUGAUAAUGGGAAAUAUGAAGCAAUUCUACGAGGAAGAAUUAGGCCACUUGAUAAUAAAACUUCCAGACACAACGAAUUUGGGAAAAGAACCAGAACUGCACAUACAGGACAUGGAGUUACUUCUGCUACUACUCCUGGGUUGUGCUGUACAAUGUCCCAACAAGAAAAAUUUUAUAACGAGAAUAAAAACCCUCCCUUUGGAUACACAGCUAGCAAUAGUGGACUGCAUAAAGCAAGUUACGGAUUAUCAUGAUAUUGUAAUAACCCAGGACUCAAUGGAGAAUGCAAAUAUGUCAGGUGUCUUCACAGAAAUCAAGAAACUGAUACACGAGAGGGAUUUGUAUCGUGAAAAAUAUCGUGUUGCUGCUAUAAAUGAUUUAACAUGCCCUAAUGACACAUCAGAAGGUGACAACGAUGGAAUCAUCAAGUCUCAGCAAUUAAAUUCAAUAGCCAAGAAAUCAGGACGUGAAGAGCAUCAUCAUUAUGCUGUUGAGUUGGCUGAUUGGAAGUCCAAAGUCAGAAAACAGCGUCAGGAGCUCGAGGAGAAAACAGAGGCCCUUCUCGAGUGCAAAGAAGAAUUGGAGCACAACAAACAAUCACUGGCUAAAUUUAAACAAGAGAAUCAAGAGCUAAUGCAUGAGGCGAGAACAGCAAAAUCAUACAGAGACGAACUCGAUGCAGUGAUGGAGAGGGCUGAACGUGCAGAUCGAUUAGAAUCAGAGGUAGCUCGUUAUCGUGAAAAAUUAACAGACAUAGAAUUCUACAAAACGAGAAUCGAAGAACUCCGAGAGGAUAACCGAGUUCUCAUGGAAAAUCGUGAAAUGUUGGAGGAACAAUUGAGCUUAUCGAGACGAAGAGCUGAUAAGGUUCUUGAAUUAGAAGCUCAAAUAAUUGAGUACAAACAAGUGUUGAAUGAUAUGGCACUGGAGCGAGCUGCUGACAAAGAAAAAUAUCAGGAAUUGUACGACGAGAAUUUACAGUUGCAUAAAUUGAAGAAAGCUGCUGACGAUGAAGUAGCUCGUGCCGGUUCAAUCAGUGAGUCUGAUGAUCCGGUGACGUCUGAUAACAGAUUAUCUGAACAAUUGACCAACAAUGCACAGACAAGAGCUCUCAAACUGGAGCUUGAAAAUCGUCGUUUGAUGGCUCUUGUGGAUUCACUGAAGGAAAAUUCCUUUCACGAAUCGUCAGGUCGUCUUCUUGAAUUGGAAAAAGAAAAGAAGAAAAUGUCGUUGAAGAUGGAGUCAUUGACAGAUAAUAACGAUAGAUUGAGCCAGCAGAAUGCCGAUCUCGAGCUUGUUUGUAAGCAGGCUCUGGAGGAGAAUAAAAAAUUGCAGAAUACGUUGAAAAAUCAGAGGACAUCUUUCGAAAGACAGCAACAGGAUUAUCAAGCUCAGCAUUCUAAGAUUGUGGAACUCGAGAAGAACUACGAGACGACAAUCAAAGAGAAGCAGAGAGUUCAAUCGUUACUCGAGAGUGUACAGAGACGAGCGGACGAGUUGGAUCGUUCUCUGGAAAUUUCAAAUCAAAAGCUCGAGGAGUUUAGAAUCGUUGAAAAUAAACUCAAAGAAUCGGAGACAAAAUGUACCGAUGCUGAAAUCAAAAUAGUCACGUUGGAGAAGGACAAGGAGACUGCACUUCGUGAUGUGCAUAAGUAUCGCGAGGUUAUUGAGGAGAAAGAUGUGGCUCUGGAUAAAGCAACAAAUGAUAUUGAAGUAUUGAGAAAUAAAAAUGAUAUACUGGAGUGCGAGGUCGACAAAUCAAUUUCACAAAUAACAAGGCUUCAGGAGAUCGAAAGAUCUUCAAAGGAAUUGGAUUCAAGGGCAGCUAUUGAUAAAGAAACAAUGGAGACUUUAAAAUCAAAUUUAAUUGCUGAAAAAUUGACCACUCAGCAGCUUCAAACAGCUUUGGAAAAACUUGGAUUGACUGUUGACUCUUUACUGACCCUUUCAUCUGAAAAUAUCCUGGAAAAGCUGAUUCAUGUACCUGAAAUGUCACAAUACAUAAAUAAAUUGAUUGGUGAACGAAUUGAAAAUGGGCACAAGACUUUGGAAAUAACCCCACAAUUGAACGAUAGCGUUUCAAAGAAUGAUGCACCGCUCAGUAAACACCUUCAGGAGACGAUUGAAACAUUGAAGAGAGAAUUGGAGAGUUCACAGCUGAAAUUCAAUACUAGUCAAAUGGCUGCGGAAAAUCUACAAGAGGAACAAGCUAAAUUACAAGUUUGUGUUACGACUCUUCAAUCGAAAAUUACCUCAUUGAAUGCACAGCACACAGCUUUACAACUGGCCAAUUCACAAUUGGUCGCUGAGAAAGAACAACUGUUGAAAGAACGUGAUGUACAACAACGUGCACAUCAACAAUUGUUGCAUGAUCAGGUAACGCUGCAAUCAUUGCACGAGCAACUGAAUAAUGAGUAUGAGAAUCUUCUUCAAGAGCGAGAAACACUUAAAGCCAGCUUGAGGGAUACCAAGAAUAAUUUCCGAACUUUGAAGGAAAAUUUUGAAUCAGUCGAGGAGAAGAAUAAACAAUUUGUGGCCGAACAGCAAGCUUCUCUGUGUAGCACUAAGAGUUUGAAUAAUCUCAGAGGUGAGCAUUCAAAAUUGAAGGAUGACUUCAGAAAUUUAUACACCGCCACUGAAAAACUGAAAGCUGAGUACAGAAAUCUUCAGGAAGACUACAGGAAGAAUAAAGUUGAGACAAAUCGGUUGAGUCUUAAGCUGACUGAAUUACAGGGAGAGAUGAGUAUAAAGGAAGAGAGAUGUUCUAAUUUGGAGCUGCAGACUAGUAAAUUGAAUCAACGCUGUGAGAUGCUUUUUCAAAUGAACUCUGGGCUUGAUAAUAACAGAAAAUCGCUUAUGGAUCAUGUCAGUGUUCUUUUGAAUCAGUAUCACGAUCUGUUGACCCACUCUUUGGAGGACAAGGAGCAUUACCACAUGGAGGAAAAGUUGUAUCGGGAUCAGGUGAACCAUUUGUCGAGGCAGAAGGAGAAAUUGGAGGAAAAAAUUAUGGACUACUACAGGAAUAAACAAAGCUGUUCAACAAAAAAAAAAAGAUUUGGGGCGAGUCUUGUGAAGCGAGUCCGAAAGGCGGGCUCCGAUUUAUUAAAUAAGAAUCGUCAUUCGUGGACCGAUGAAACAAAACCACUAGAUGGUAAACUUGAUGAGUCCGAGUCAGGUGGAAAUGAUUCAGAAGGUAGUGGAGAAGAUCGUAGAACCGCAACGGGGACUCCAGUACUCGAUACUGAUUCUUAUUCACUAGGUACACCUGGCACUCGAAGAACUGUCUACUACACUGAUGAUUCCCCAUCCCCUGCCACUUCCUUGCCGCCUGAACAAAAAAACGAGGCCAUGCCGCAGAGUCCAAUAAUUGACGACGAUCCCUCGUCGAAUCGAUCAACUCAGGAGCAAACACCACGUUCUGUUCUUAUUUAUAAUAAAGUCUCAGCCGUUAUUAAUGAGACGCAAAGUUUGACAACGCCAGUUAAUGAACAACUACCCAAUGAGGAAAUUGGUGAGCCUCUCACAUCUAAAGACCCGAAGGUCGGUAAUUCAGUUUGGUACGAAUAUGGAUGUGUUUGAAAUUCUGCACAUACAUCCUUUCAUUAUCGUUUAAUGUUAUAAGGUAAAAUUUAUAUUGGAAUGCCAACACACUUUUGCUGAUUAUAAUUUCCUUUGAAAAAAAAAAUACUUGGAAAUUACCUGCGCGUCUUUUUCAUAGUCCAUUGACCAUUUACUCUCUUUUUAAAACAUUACAAAUGCUUCCUUAUUAUAGGACUCUAAGUAUGAUGUAAUAAAGCCACUUAAUUGUCAAAUGAAAAUAAAUUAAAAUGGCAUAUGUAUGGAAGGAAUUAUGCACGGAAGGCGACGAAUAAGAAACAAUGCUAAUCAGUUGCAUUACAUUGUCACUUCCAUUUGAUUAGAUUCUCUCAACGAAUUAGAAUCAUUAAGUACCCAGAGAAAUACAAUUUCUAAGGAAUUGGAAUUCUAUGAAUGAUCCGAAUUGCACAGCUGUAAAAUAAAAUGCUAUUGUAAGACAAAAAUAUCGAUUUAAUUUUAAUUUUUUCGAUCAGUUCUUUAAUUAAAUUUUUUUAAUCACUUUUUUUUUGCUAUUAUGUACUUUGCAGGGUAUGCAAGUAAAUAUUUAUUAUGGGACAUUGUUCUCGAAUUAAAAAUGUAAUUCUGCAGUUUAUCAGCGUCACGAUAUCUUGCGGAAGAUUAUCUUGUUUAUUGAAAACAGAAUGACUGCGAUAAAAUAUUUAUUUUGUUUGAUUAUUUUUCAACCGUCACUGUGAAAAUAAUAAAAUAUACGAUGCUGUAACGAUUUAGUUAUUAUCGAUACUUGUUGUUCACAAUAGCAUGCUAUCGUUUGAUUUUUCAAUGGGUAAAAAAUGGAAAUCAAUAGAAUUUCCAUUUUUUAUAAAUUUAUUUGUUCAUUGUAAUAUUUUCAUUCAUCGUCGUGUUCUUGAGAAAUGAAUUAUCAAGAGAUAAUCCAUUCUCGCCAAGUGAACAUGCAUUUAUACCCACUUAUAUGCAUUUUAUAGUAGUGGUAUUGUGAUAUAAAUUGUGAAAAACAAUAUUGUAUGUAUGGUCGACUUAUUUUCAUGAAGAAAAAUCGUGUAGAAAAUAUUGAGCAUAAAUUGCCGGGUGGUAGUUCGGACAAUUGAUCUGUCACCGGUGUAAUUAUUGUUGUACAGAGUCAGCGAGAUUAUUUAUGAAUUCAGAUUGAAACGAAUAGGCUAAUCAACGUGUACAAAAUAAUUCCGGCCCAUUUUAUUGUACUAUAUUUAUACGAUCGUUUUCAAUUGCAUCGACUUAAUUAACAAUGCAUUUUUCAGCAGACGAUAGAGAGAAAAACGUAACAAAGUAUUAUUUGUACUAAAGAACUCGCAUCUCAUAGAAUUUAAGUCAAUUUUUUAUAUUUUUUAGUAUUUUGUGCGUAUUAAAGUUUUAAGAGCAAGAAAA